AUGCCUACAAAAAAAUUGCUUUUAUCUUUUUUUACGACUGUGUCCCGUGGUAAUUUGACUAAAAACGUGAUAGCGCGAAAACGUAGAACAACGGCCAUGUCCUCCUCUACUUAUAUUGUUACUUUUGCAAGAGAUACUGCUGAUGAUGUUAUCGACAAGCACAUCAAGGAAGCCGAACAAUCUGGCUGUACCAUCAAGCAUAGAUACAAUAGUGCCAUGAAGGGCUACUCUGUUGAAGUUCCUGAUGAUUCUGUCAGAUCUUUGUCCUUCAAUCAUCCUAACAUUCAAAGCGUUGAAGCCGAUGGUGAAGUCACCACUCAAGGAAAGUCUCUUUUGAACCCUGUAAUUGCUCGGCAGGGUAUGCGACAUGCUGCCAGUUUCAGGCAGUUAUGCAGGUGUAUUACUAGGCACAAACACAUUCCUGCAGCUACCACAACUGCUACUACAACAACGCCCUUUGCCACCCUGUCUCAACUAGACAGCAAACAGCCUGAGAAUAAACUGGAAAUCAACUCCUCAUCAUUUAAUAUCGACACAGUUUUACCCGUACAAGAACAACUAGAAAAGCUACCGAUAAUUGACAUCGGUGACUAUGUAGAGGCAUUCAGGCGAUCGCAACUAGGGGGUAUAGUCAUAGGACAAAAAUUAAUCAGUGGUGGUCUUCAACAUUUAACCAUCCUACUGAGAAACGGAAAGACGGUCGAGGUGAAAAGUGAUUCCGUUGCUUUUUGCCGGAAAGAAUUUAUCGAUACAACAUAUGUUACUUCUGUUAUUAAAGAACCUAUUCAGCUCACCCAGCUUGAUGAACAGGGUGUUUUACAAAGCUACCCCCCUACCCUACAGCAGGCAGUACAAAAGUACCAACGAGAGUUAUCGACGAUGAAGGGUUUAGCGCAUCAAACUUUAGUACAGAUCCAUAAGCGAUUCAUUAAACCAGAUGAUGAGACGGAGGUUACCCUUGAAGAAUUAGCCUCCACUAUCUUCAAAACAGAUAGUCCCACUCCACUUCAGCGUCAUGUCACUUUCCUUCAUAUUGUGUCUGAUAAUACUCGAUUUGUAUCGACAUUUGAUGUACGUGCAACAGACAAAUGGAUCCUGCGAUCAGAGCAAACUUCCAAGCGCAUAAGUCAAAUCGUUGAAAACAUACGUCAGCGAGAUCCUUCCUAUACCGGAUUUUUAGAGCGUAUGAAAAGUUUGAUUCAAUUCUAUAACACGCAUGCGGACCCUGCUUUGGGUACAUUUUCUCAGACAGCCCUUGAAGUAAUGCCCUCACUUUCAUCCAAAAUCACUGCAACCGAUAAGCUGUAUAUCAACUUUAUAGCUGAAUGGAUCCGAGCCCCCAAAGUGAUUACCGAUUCACCCUAUGAAUUGUUUGCACCCAUUAUUUUGAAAGGACUCAAAUGUUACGAUGACUUAUUUUUUGACAAACAAUUGGCCAUUCGAUUUCUAAAACAAAUUGGUAUGUUCAAACCUUAUGCCAAUACAAGCUUGCUAGAAUAUGCACCAGCUUUAAGUGAAUGGAUCUGGUCCAAGAAAGCUGAUCAAAAUGAAAAGAUAUUGAAUACAUUUACAACAACAUUUUUAUCCAAGAAAGAUCAGCAUAAGGACCCCUACGAAUCUAUUCGUCAUGAUUUUGGUGAUUUGCCAGUUUAUACUGUGGAUGACCCGUCCGCAAAGGAAAUCGAUGACGGUGUAUCCAUAGAGAAGACGGCCGAUGGUUCAACUUGGCUUCAUGUUCAUAUUGCAGAUCCAACCACUUAUAUUUCACCGUUUGAUGAACUAUCACAGACUUUAAUGAGAAAAGUGCAGACAGUAUAUUUGCCAGAACGUCACUUUCCAAUGCUACCAGAUGAACUCGCGUCUAAAAAGUUCAGUUUGGGAAGUACGGCUCACAAAAAUGCGCUAGGUUCACAAUACGCCUUGACGUUUAGUACGCGCCUCGAUUCAAAAGGCGACCUUGUCGACUUCCUCGUUCGACCAAGUUAUGUCAAAAAUGUUAUCAAGAUGUACUAUGACGAUGUGGAUGAAUUAAUAAAACCACUUGCCCGUAUUCCCAAAGAUCCUCUCAUCGAUACAACGAAAACAUUCAGUCAUCCCUCCAAUGAGGUGUUUAAAGACGUUGAAAAGCAAAGCGUCAAACGAAAAUCCACUGUACCCGAACACACAAAGCAAGACUUGCUUGAUAUUUAUCAUUUGUCACAGAAGCAUAUGCAGCACCGUAUAGCGAACGGGGCUAUCAUCUUCCAAAAACCACAACCUGUCUUACAGAUCUCUCCGCAAGUCCUCGAUAUACCCUCAACUGAAUAUACGACACCAAACUAUAUAUCCCAUUUGCCUGCCAUUCGCUUGAGACUGGAUACCUAUGCCUUCUCUCCUGCGCGUCAAAUGGUGGCGGAAACCAUGAUGAUAGGUAAUCGCGUCGCAAGUAAAUUCGCUAAUGAACGUUCCGUUCCCAUUCCGUUCAGAGCGCAAAUGUGGAAUCCAAAUGCACCCACACACGCCGUCAAGUUACGAGAGGAAAUGUAUUCAAUGCGCGAUCCAGUGACUGGGUUUGUCAAACUACAAGAUAUGGUCCACUUCAUUUCAGUAUUUCCUCCAACCACUGUCGUCACAGAGGCAGGUCUCCCUCAUGUGGCUAUGGGCAUUAAAGAUGGUUAUACUAGAGCCACAUCUCCCUUACGUCGCUACAUGGAUAUGGUGACACAUUGGCAACUCAAAUCGCACCUGUUGAAAGAGCCAAAAACGCCUUUUUCUGUAAAUCAAUUAGACAUACUCAAAUCAAGGACGACGGCCCGUGAAAAACAAUUAUCUUUAUUAGAAGCAAGCAGUCUCCAAUUUUGGGUCAUUCAUCUCUUGCAGCGAAUGAAUUAUACAAAGGAAAUGGAGUGGAAUUGCAUUGUGGAUAAUACAAAUCGAAUGGCGUUAACAAAACUAGGUGGUGCCAUGGAAGUAGCCACCGUCACAUUAUUAGAAUUGGGCAUCCGCGGACGUCUGGUAAAACUAAAUAGGAAUGUUGAGACGGGUGAAAUAGUAAAAGUCCGUAUAUCAAAUUUGAAUGUUGCGGAUGGCCGGGUAGAUGUAGAACUAUUGUAA